UUUUACUUUUAGAAAGCUAUCCUGAAGUAUAUGGAUGUGAUUGCUGAAGCUUCAAACAUUUCUCAAGAUUUUAUCAAGUCUGAUUUUGAAACACUUGUUGAUUUAAUGUAUUUGCGGGGUCGAGAUUUAAAUAUUAAAGCACCUAAAAUUGCAUUUGAAGGUUCAGAAGAAAAAGAGUAUGCAGAAAUUUUAAUUAAAGAUUUUGAAAAAAUAUGGAAGCAAAUUUAUGACUCUGUUAAUCAUCUGCAAGAGCAGGGAUCCAAUUUGAAUUUUUCAUCUGCAGCUGUUGCUGAGAAAAUAGCUUUUGCUGAAAAAUCUUUAUUUGAAAUGAAAAAAAGGGACAUUGAUGAAAUUAGGCAAGAAGCUGAAAGAGAAAUGAGAAAAUCGGCACAAACUGCAGAUGCUGUGAAAAAUGCAAUUAUGAAUUUCACUUUGUUUACACUUGAAGAAGAUACAUUAAAAUUUUUUAUUGAUCUUUUAAGUGAAGUCAUUCAUUUGAUUGAAAGAAGAGUUCGUUUGAAAUCUGUUCAAUCUUCUGUAAUUGUAUGUGACAGCCGUGAGUUGGAAUCUAAAAUAUAUGAUAAUAUAAAUCUUGCUGAAAAUAAUCGAAAUUUAGCAGAAGCUAGUUUACAGUCAUCUGUUGUAUUGCUUGAAGAAGCUAAAGAUUUUCUUGCAAAUGUUUCAACAAUUCUAGAGAGAUCUUUACCUCUACAAAUGCUACUGGAAAAUGCUACUGAACAAGUGGAACAUCAUAGGGGUAUUUUAGCCAGACUAAAUCCCAGAUAUAUUCAGAAAUUUGUCAUACCUGCUGCAGAGCAUGCAGACUUCAUAUCUCAGCAAGCCCUCUACUUAUCAAAUUUAUUUAGUUCUACAUAUAAAGCUUCACAAUUCCCUUUAAUUGCUGCUAAGGUAUAUGAAGAUAUCAUAGAUAACAUUGAAAUGGCUGAACAAAUUGCUGGAAAUGCUUAUAGUGCUGCUGACAGAGCUUAUUAUGAGGUUAACACUGGCAGAAAGAAUUCUCUUACAAGACAAGGUAUUGAGAUUAAAAAAAUAAGUUUAGAUUUGAAAGAAGAUGCUGAUAAUCUAAAACAAUAUUUUUUGGCUGUGCAAAUGGCUCUUGAAAGACGACAAAAGGUCAUCAAUAAAACAGCAGAUGAUAUAAAUCUGGUUAUUAAUUCUCUUACUGAAUUUAAAGAUGAUAUUGAUGCUUUACCUAGAGAUAUUGGAGAUCAACUUCAUAAUAUUGAAGAUAAGCACAUGACUAUUAGAGAGAAAAUGACAGCUGUACAUUCCCAAAUAGAUACAUUGAUGAAUUUAAUAAAUGAGGAUUUAUAUUCUAAACUGGAUGGUCUUCGAGUUGGAUCAUCAGCUGGUUUAUUUAACGUGACACAAACAAUUGACCUUUUAAAAUCGACUACCAAGAAAGCUGUUAAUAAAGAAGGUAAUGUUGAGAAAAGAGUUGAAAGAAUAAAAGUGAUGAACAGUAAAAUGAGAUUAAGUGUUCAGGAUUUAAAGAACAAAAUCUUACUGGCACGUCAAAAAACAUCUAAUAUAAGAGUGUCUCUUAGUUCUGAUUCUGCUGGUAUUUGUGUCCGAUCAUUUCGUCCAGAAAUAGAAUCAACAUCAACUUCAAGCAUUGUUCUUCAUUAUGCUAUCAAAACUGAGGAGAGAGAUAGCUUAUUACUUUUCUUAGCUAGCUCAGUAACUAUGACCAGAACAACUGAGCCAGAAGAUUAUAUGAUUGUUGAGAUGGUAAACAGAAAAAUUCGCUUCCUGUGGAAUGCUGGUGGUGGUAGUCAAGUAAUCCAACAUAAUCUGACAAUAGAAACUAAUGAUGAACAACUUCUCAGAGAUGAACAUUGGUAUAAGAUUGAAGUAAACAGAUUUGGGAAUAUUGCCACUCUCAGUGUUAAACCUACUCCAUAUGGACAGAAAAAUGAUCCAUUUCAAGUAACUGAUGCAUCUACUCCUGGCUAUUCUAAAAUGGACUUGGAUUCUAAUUCAUUUUUCUAUAUAGGAGGAACUCCUAAAGGAUACAGAGUACCUCGUAAAUUGAAAGCUAGAAACUUUGCAGGCUGUCUUUAUGAAGUGAUUUUAGAUGGUAAGAAAGUUGGAUUAUGGAAUUUUAUUACUAACCAGGGUUGUGAUGGUUGCAAGGAAGGGGCUGAGGAAGAAGCAGAUUUUUCAUCUUACAGUUUCAGUGGAGAUGGUUAUGCAAUUCUUCCACAAAUUAAGCGUUAUAAAGAAUUCUCUUAUGUUGUUGCUUUACGCUUCAAAACAUUUGAUGAAAAUGCUUUGCUUUUCUUUGCACCAAAUAGCGAUAAUGGUGAUUUUGUAUCACUUGAACUUCGAGAUGGCCAUAUAGUUUAUCAAUUUAAUUUAGGGAGUCAGUCUAGAUCUGUUUUGAAAACAACAAAAAAGUAUAAUACCGGUACCUGGAUUCGACUUGCUGCAGAAAGAGAAAACUUACAAGGUCGGUUAGUGGUAGAAGAUGAAUACCAUGAUGGUCAACUUCCUGUUAAUAGCCCAACCACUAUGGACCUCAAAAGAAGCUUUUUAUAUUAUGGGGGUGUACCUCCAAAUUUUACUACUACUAUGUGGAAUGGAAUAACAUUCCAGAAAUUAUUUGGCUGUAUGAAAGAUCUUCAGAUAGACUCCACACCUCUGGAUUUGCUCCAGAAUAGCUCUUUUGGAGUUGAAGCAGGUUGCAAAGAUAGUCCUCAAAGAAUUGUUGGAUUUCGUGGAACUGGCUAUAUUGAGCUUCCAGGGCAGCCAUUGCGUGAAGAAGCAAGCUUUAGUUUCUCUUUUCAAACGCUUCAAGAUUCUGCUGUUUUGCUGUUGUCUACGUUUGAUUCUGGAAAGAAUCUGGAAACUAAAAAGAAAGAUUACUAUUCUGUUGCUCUUGUAAAUGGACAGAUUGAGGCAAAAUUUAAUGGAACUAUGGUUGAAAUAUCUAAUGGAUCACCGUUGUUAUAUAAUGAUGGAAAAUAUCAUACAAUUACUGUCAUAAAAACCAACAGAAAAAUUGUGUUGCGGAUUGAUGACUUCCAGGUUGGCUUUACUAGAUUACAGAAUGGUUCCCGGAACAUAGAUGCACCGCCUCACAGAGGUCUAUUUUUCGGUGGAUUCAGAGAAGGAAUAGAGUAUAAUUCUAUGAUAUCUACAAAUACUCCCCUUUUUGGUACAAUAAGAGAUGCUAUAUUUAAUAACAGGCUGUUGCAUUUCAAUGAACCAAUUGACUUUAAGGGGGCAGGUAUUGGACGAAAUCAAAAGGAAUGGUUUGGUGCAGAAACUUCAUAUGCUGGAAUUAUUCAGCCUUUGGAGAGAUGUGCUGAAAUGGCUUCAUAUAUCACAGUAAAAUCUGCUGUUAAUGUUGGUGCUGAACCUUUUAGCCAUGUUAAAGUACCUAUUGGAAGAAAAGAUUUUGUGCAUGACUUUAAUUUAACAUUUGACUUCAGAACCUAUUAUCCAAAUGGGCUGUUAUUUUUGGUCAAAAAUGAGCGCAGUGCUUCACAUCUUGCUGUUAUGUUACUAGGAGGAAGAGCAGUCCUAAAUAUGUUUGACAGAAAGCACAGGCGGGAUUCCUAUCCUGCUUUCCUUAGUGAUGGCAAUUGGCAUAAUAUUGCAGUUUCCAAAACUGGACGUCAUAUGAUGUUUCAAGUUGACCACAAAAAGAAAGAUAUAACUUUAAAAGUUCGAAGGAGACUUGUCGUUAGAUCACCACUGUAUGUUGGUGGUGUUCCUGAAGAAAUGGAAGCUAUACAUAGAGUCGUAAUGGAAAGUUUCAAAGGAUGCAUUUCAAAUUUCAAUUUCAAUGGAAAGUUUUUAGAUUUAGCCAAAGGCGAAUUACAGAAUGUGGGGCAAUGCUUUUCAACUAUUGAACCAGGAGCAUAUUUUGCUGGUGAUGCCUAUGCAAUAUAUGAUACAAAAUUUGAUUUGGGUAUGAAGUUGGAUAUUCAAAUGGAAUUCAAAACUACGCGACAAAAUGGUGUUCUGUUAGCUCUUUCCGAAAAGUUUGGGAUCCCAUCUAUAGCACUGGAAUUGUAUAAUGGAAGUGUGAUGAUUUCAGUCAUUCUUGGAAAUGAAGAAAAGCCUUUCAGCGCAGUAAGAAGUUUUGAAUCAGCUUAUCAUAUUUGUGAUGGCCAAUGGCAUAUGAUUACAGCUCAGUAUGAUUAUAAAACAGUCACUUUGAAAGUUGAUUUGUUUGAUGUGGCUGUAGGAUUAAGUCAAAGUAUACCACUGGAACCCAACACUGCGAGUCCAUUAUAUAUUGGGGGAAUUCCUGAUGAUAUGCCUACAGGUGCUAUCCAUAACAGAAAUAAUUUUAUGGGCUGUCUAAGGAAUGUUGCUAUAAAUGAUCGUAGAGUUGAAUGGAUUGAUAUGGCUGCAAGACAUAAUGUUCUUCCUCAUGCAUGUCCUACUUUUUAAUGCAGAUUGUUCUAUAAAUCAAUUAUUCAGUUUUCUAUGUGGCUAGUAGAGUAAUUUUGACUGUUUUUUCUAAUCAUAUAUGAAAUAAAGAGCUUGUAUUUGAACAUGAAUUGUUGUAAAUCAAAGUAAGAAGUAUUUGUUCUGAAGUUAGAAAUAAUUUUUGUUUUGUAUAUAGAUAGGAUUAGAUCUUAGAUCUCUCUUAAAUGAUAAAUUAAAAGAGGUUUAUAUAAAUUAUUGCCUAUAUUUUAUGUGUUUCAUAAUAUGAGAACUCUGGAAAAUCAAUUAAAGUGCAUAAAUUCAUUUAUAAAAUUAACAAUGCAGAUUAUAUUAUUCAGUUUUUUAUAGAAAAUUAUUCUAAUGUAAAAAUAAAUGAUGUGCUAGUUAAUGGAAGUUAUACUGUAAUGUAGUAAGAAUUUCAUAUAAGAAUUUAUAUUAUAGCUAGAUUUUUUUUUUAGAUUUAAAUUUAAAAAUUAUUAUAUACACUCUUAAAAAGCAUCAUCUGCAAUUAGAUUACUAUACAUUAUACAUUUUCAAAGCAAAAUCUGCAUUAUGGAGACUUUGUAAGAAAAGAGAAAAUUCAUAAUCAAACAUAUUUUAUCCCAUUUGUUUUUACUUUUUUUUUUUAUUUAAAAGUAUAUCUUCCCUUGAAAAUUUGUAAUGUUAAUUGAUUAUGCCAUUUUUUAACUUCUUAAUGUUUACAUAUAAAUGUAGAUAUUGAUAAUCAAAUUUUGCUAUUUUAAUGUAGUUAUUAUGUAAAGCACGAAAUGCAUUCAUUUUACAAUUCGUGUUAAUAUUGUGGAUGUGCAAUCUGAUUUCUAAAGUACAUUAGGUGCUGAAUAACUUUUUUCUGUUUCUCUUGAAAACCAGAUUGUAAUUGUUUAUCUCUGCAAUUAAAUUCAGUGGUUGAAUUUAAACAUUGUGGCCUGUCAGUGCAUUGUAAAUUACAGAUAUAUUCCAUUUCUUAUGUUAUAUUUAUGUAAAUGCUGUGUUCAUUUUUCAUGCUUUUGUAAAGUAAUUUAUUUUUGUUGAUGUAAAAAGUAUUUGGAAUUACAUUCCAAGUGGUUAUUAUUUUUAUUACUUUUUGUUAUUUUGAGAGUACAAUAGUUAUACAUCACCCUGUUCAUUAAGUCAUAAAGUGUAGUGUUUUGUUUUUGUGAAGUAUGAAAGCUAUAUUGUAAAAUGUAUUCUCUGUUUGACUUGUAUGUCACACUGCCAUUUAUUUCUUAUUUUGUUAUUGUCAUUCUUAUCAAUAACAUAAACAAUAGUCUAAGAAAAAUCUGUAAUAUGUAUUGUAAAGUUCUGAAGAGGUUAUAGUGGUUUAGACUGAUCAGCAGAGUUAACUGAAAAUUCCAAAAAUAAUUAUUUUUUAUGCCUCUAAAAUAGGGAAACUGUUUAUCGUUCUAAUACUACUGUAUAAGUCUAAAAAACUGUUAUGGCUAAAAUUAUAAAAUAGUAACUGAAUAUGGUCUUAUUUUUGUUUAUUUCCCUAAAAUCAUCAUGUGAAUUUGCAGUAUUAUCAAGAGCUACAUGAUAAUUAACCUGUAAUGUAAAAAGUGAAUGAAUAAUUUCUCUUGGGUUGCAGUGACUAAGAUCUUUCUACAUUUUAGUCCUUGCAAGCUAAAAGCAUCAUGUCUUGGAUCAUGAAUGUCUUUUGUUCUGACAGCUGUGAACCCAGUCUUUAUAGUUUGAUUAUACUUUCCAGUCAAGUCAUGAUGUUAGUCUGUCAUGCAUACAAUGCAUAUGCUAUACUUAUUGAAAAGUGUAAUGGUAAAGUGAUUAUUAGUUUCUGUUAUUACAAUAAAAUUAUUCAAGGCAUCAUUUUCUUUCAUAUAAUCACUACUCAUACACUGAAGUUUUACUAUAAUGAGAUAAAAAAUGAAAGUGUACUUUAGCUAUCUGAGCCUUGAAUACAACAUCCUUGUUGCAUGAGUUUCAUCAGUAUGUACACUUAAAAAAAUUGUAAUUUGGACAUACUUACAAUAGUAAUUUUAUAACUUUUCUUAAUAUGGAAAUAAUUGCUUUGAUUAAUAAUAAAUUGCUUUGAUUUAGUUAUUAAUGAUUAUAAGACAGAUUUUAAUUUCUCUGGCAAAAUGCUCUAGUAAUAAUUUAAAAAUCAAAUUUAGUAGUUCAGAAAAGAGAAACAGGGCUUUAAGAUACGUAUUUAAAACUGUAAAUAAACAAGCAGUCGUAUUCACAAUUAUAUAAGGUCAUUUAGAAAUUCACCAGUGAAAUUGCUUUAAAUUAAUGCAAGCUAUUGUACUUUGAAGACUGUAUAAAAGAUAUUCAGUAUAUGUUUUUAUUUAUGAUGAGUAUGAUUUGAUUGGCCUUGAAGAUGUAAAACUGGAGUUACAUCUUUAAGAUUAAUUUACCCCCCCCCAACCUUUCUCCACUUUCCUUUCUUUUUCAUAACAUUUAACAUGUUAGCAAUAGUAGGAAUGGUUUUAGACUUAAUUCUCAUCUAAAACUUCCACAAAAAGAAAUAUUCUAACUUGUAUAUUAAGUAGAAUGGUCCAGAGUAAUAGGCUUCCUUUUUUAAAAAUCUAAUCGCUGUUAGUGUUUAAAAAUUUCCACUUCUGCAACUUUUCUGCUAAGUAGAGGCACAUACAACAAAUUCUUAAUUAUACUGCUAUUUUCUUAAUAAUAUAUCAGAUAAUCUAAAGAUUUUGUCGGCAGCCAUCAGUGUUAAAAUAUCAAGUUUGAGAUUAUGGCAUAAAUUGUGCAAAAUUCAAAAUUACGCAUUUGUUAUUUAGAGAACAUCAUUUUUUGAUCAAAUGCUAUUUAUUCAUUAAAUUUUAUUGUGAAAUAUUUCAUGACCCGUUUAAUCUUUGGUAAUAGUUCUUGUGAAUUUAUUUUACACAUAUCCUGUUUUGAUAUAAUCUACAUUUUUUUUAAAUGGCUUAUCUCCAAGUUCUAAGCAACUUUUUAACAGCUUUAGACUACUUUCCAACAUUGAAACUUAAAUAUGGAUUUUUUUACAAUUCCAAACAUUGCAUUCUGUUAUAGUGUGUCUUGCCUUUCGGAAUAAUUUGGUUAAAUUAAUUGUUAUGUAACUCAAUAACAGGAAAUGUAGACAUUUGUAUUUAUUGUAUGAAGAGUGGUUGUAAAAUACUUGUACUCUGUUACUUAACUCUGUUAUUGAGGCUGUGAUUUAAUCAUAAAUCAAUGGAAAUAUAUUUCGAGGCUGGCCUCGGAAUAAUUUAAUCUGCUUAAGGAAUGUAAAGAGUUGUCAAUGAAACAUGCAAGCUUUUGUGUUCUGUAGUAUUCAUGGUCUUUCCAUUGAUACAAAGUGCCAAUACAACUAUUUCUAAGAAAAUAUGUCUUGUAUAAAUGUAAAUGUUGUUGAAAUGAUUUUUAAAUAAAAUGAAAAUAUAUGUGUGUUA